AUGGACCCAACUAUAUCCCUUACCUCCCACGUUCUAGAAAAGUCGAAGCUAGAGUCACUCAUGAUUAAGGACGCUCCUGUCGUUCCGCCAGACAGUGUCAUAAAGACGUUCACUCAUCUUUCUGCUCAAGACGUCGAUUUAGUUAUCACUCAAGACGCAGAGAACUUGAGCCCAGGGAGCUUCAUCAUCAAGAAAGGUGAUUGGGCUAACUACUUCCUGGACGCGUGGUUUGAUCCUCUCUAUAGGAGUUAUAACUUUGCAAAGGCCGAAAAUCAUGCGCUGGAUCAUAUCGUACAAUGGCACCCAACCAUUCUGGCGAAGCUCGCCCUCAUUCCUCAGAAGAUGAUCAGCGCUUAUUCCCAUGAAGCUCCAAACCCGGGAUCAAAUGGGCUGUAUACAGAAGGUGAUUUCAUCGUUCGUUUAAGCGGAUGUGAAACUACUGCUACACGAAACUGCGAGAGGGAAAUGGAACCAUACUGGAACAAGUGGGCGAAGAAUCAUGCCCAUGUAUAG